AUGGAUUGUGCUCAGUUGAAAUCUAUCGUUUCCCUUGUGGAUUCUCUUGUACGUAAUACGAAUGUCAGAAGGUUACGUAUGCUGCCAUUAAAUCAAGUUCCUGUUGGUAAACCAUCCUUGGCUUCAGUCUCCAGCAAGUCUCUAACGGACUUCUCCAUCUGCAGUAUCCUGGGUCUAGAACCUGAAAUCACCCAAUCUCCCUCAAGUUCCGGUAAGUUAAGAGUUCCAUCCGUAAGAUACUCGAGCCCUUAAUUAGUCGAGGGCAUCAUUUGGCAUAUGACUGUUAGAAGUCAAUUUUUAUCCCGUUGCCUUUCUACUAGUUUAAUCCAUCUCAGAAACAGAAAAAGAGAAAUACUCAGCUUUAGACGGGCGAUUUCUGUUAGUUAAAACCAGCCGUUAGAGCAGUAUUAUAUACAUGAAACAACUUAUCUACAAAAAGUGAAAAUUGUCCGUAGGAAUAAACACUAAAACAGAUGUAUUUAUUUAUGUUGACUACUUGUAUUUAAGUGAUAUCAAGAGGAAAUAUAUAAUAGCUGACAUGUGUAAAACUAAAAUUCAAUUCUUCUUUAAUUUACAGAAUGCAACAGUGAUACCAGUCCGCCGUUAUCGCCUUACUCCGACUGCGAAAGUCCGCGUCCCAGCCACAAGGCAACCAGUCCACCGUUAACCCCUUACUCUGACGUCACAAGUUCUAGCAGCGACUGUGACAGUGAGCCCGAUCAAUCUUCGACUCCAACCGAACAUUCAACGAAGAAGAAGCGACAGCGAACGACCUUCUCACCUAUCGAACUUGGAGAGCUGGAACUAGCAUUCAGACGGCGGCCAUAUUUGCUAAAGGAAGACGAGGAGGAACUGGUACAAAGACUUGGAAUCACGGCUAAAAGUCUGAAGGUGAGUUCCUAUCUUUCAUGUUUCCUAUCGUGUACGUAAAUUUCAGGAAUCAAUGAGCAUUUGUAAUCUAAAAGGAAUACUAUUUCAGUGCGGUUUGGUUCUGUCAUUUUCGGUGUUGCCGGGAUGUAUGAAGAUGUAAAUGUUGAUUGAUUCAAAGCUCGGCAAUUGCGAUGUGAUCUUUCACUCCAGUCAGAAAAUGUUUUGAACACCGGUAUGCAUUUUUCGGACAGUAAUUGUGAUGUAUGUAACCUUGCAAAGUUUUACUUCAUCUUAGUCAUCGAUAUUUUCCAAGUUAUUUAUUUUUUAGCAAUCUUGUAUAAUUCUUAAGUAAUUAAAUUUACAACUCAUAAUGCGAUUUAAACGCUACUUUGAUGUCAGAAAAUGUUUUGGAAUUCAUACAAAUUAUUAUGGGUUCUGUGUGUUGUGUGAAUUUUUGUUGUGAUUGCCCUAAUUGAACUAACAACUCCGCUUUUUUUCUCUUUCUUGUAGUAUUGGUUUCAAAACCGACGAGCCAAAUCAAGGAAACUGGAGAGAAAGAUGUCUUUCGUCUGUCAGACUAGACGAUCGAACCAGUUUGUUAGCGGACCCUAUCCAGAUCACUGGAAACAAGGCGAACGAGUGUCCUGUGCAGCGAUGGAAAGCUACUUUAGAGACAUAAACCAGAGAACAGUUGUCAGUCGUCAACUCUCAGUCAUUGCCAAUUCAGACCUUGUACCCAAGUUCCACUCUGACCAGUUCACAAUCAGACCUGCUGAACCCGCAAGACUACCGUACAGCCGUGCUCUCUACAGAUAUCAACCGUACUAA